UUCGUUAAAAAUUCGGCGUAAUCAGUUACCUGAAACACUUUUUAUAUUACAAAAGCAGAAGCAAAGUUGAGGUGAUUUUUUAAAAAAUUUUUCUUCUUUUUUCAACUUUACCUAAUUUAAUAUAGUGUCAUGGAUUCAGAAAGAGGAUAUUUUAGAAAUGUAUCUUCGCAAAGAUUGAUAUUAUACGGAGUGAUUCUGGUCAGUGUAAUAGUAGCAGUGAUUCUGGUCUUCACGUUAUUAUUAUCUGGAAAUGAAAGUACACCCAAACCUGCCGAAUUUGUUGGUCGUGAUGUUCUAAAAGAUGUUGCAUUAGUUGAUGGGUAUAAUAAUUUACCGGUAUCGUUGUGGUAUCAAUUAAGCGGUAAAAUCAAUGAUUUUAAAUUUAAUCAAGAUUUAAGCAAAGAUGCAUCUUUAACGUGGUUAAAAACAGAUAUACCUAGACUGAAACAGGGUAUGGUUGGAUGUCAAAUAUGGACAGCUAAAUCAAGAUGUACUUCUCAGCUUAAAGAUUCUGUUGCGUCAACCAUUCAACAAAUUGAUGCAAUAACCAGACUUAAUAGGAAGUUCAAAGAUGACAUGAAAAUAGUGUAUAAUUCAGAAGAUAUAAAUCAAAUUUUCAAAGAUGGUAAAAUUGGAAGCAUUUUAAGUAUUGACGGAGGUCAUUCAAUUGAUAAUAAGCUAUCGGUGUUACGAACAUAUUAUGCAUUAGGAGUGCGAUACAUCACAUUAACAAGUGAAUGCAACACACCCUGGUCGACGAGUUACACUACAGACUCAAAAAAUGAUCUAACAAGUUUCGGAGAAAAAGUGAUCGAAGAGAUGAAUCGUGUAGGUAUGAUCAUCGAUCUCUAUCAAUCUUCUGAAGCAACACAAAAGAAAGUUUUGGAAAAGUCAAAAGCUCCUGUAAUAUUUUCUUCGGUUGCUACAUGGUAUCAUAAAGAAGUGCUUCCGAAUAUCAAGAACGACGUCUUAGAUCUCAUUAAAAAAAAUAAUGGACUUGUAAUGAUCACUUUCAAUCCGGAUUAUAUGCUGAAAAAAAAAGGUGACACCGUUACCAUUGAGAAUGUUGUAGAACAAAUAAAUUAUAUCAGAGAUAAAAUCGGAGUAGAUUAUAUUGGAAUUGGAUCCGGAUUUGGCACAUCGAGCUCCGCUAUUCAAGGUUUAGAAGACAGCUCGAAAUUCCCAGCAUUAUUCGAUCGUUUAGCAAAACCCCAAAACAAAGAACCCAAAUGGGUGAAAGAGGAUUUGGAAAAAUUAGCAGGAUUGAAUUUCUUACGAGUAUUUCAAGAAGUUGAAAAAGUUAGAGAUAAGAAUGGAAAUACAAUCGAAGAUAUAAUACCAGACGAUGAUUUGAAAACUUUGGAUCAUAGAUGUUACUCUGACAUGAAAUAAUAAUUAUUUCUCAACAGCAUUGAAAUUCUAGCGUAGUUCGUGCAUACGUUUAUUGCAAAGAUAACAGUAUGAAUUGAAAAUUAAAGUAGAAAAUUGCCAAUAAUUCAAGAAAAAUAAUCGAAGAAGUACACAGACGCAAUAUAAGAACACGUAAUACAUAAAUAAUUACUUUAGCAAAUCAACGCACUACAUGUAUAAAAACACCAUAAAUACAUGAUUGAAUCGUU